AAUAAUCAGGUAUUCAUUAACUGCAUGGCUUUGAUAUGGGCAAUGCUAGUGAUUAUUUUUAUUCUGUAUGCCUUUUACGAGCUGCUAAACAACAACCAGAAUGGGAAAAGGUAUCCUCCAGGUCCAAAAGGACUUCCCAUUAUUGGACAUCUUCACUUGUUAGGAAAAAAUCCACACCAAGAUUUCCUAAAACUAGCAAAAACACAUGGUCCCCUUAUGUAUGUUAGACUGGGACUAGUACCUACGAUCGUUGUUUCAUCUGCAGACACAGCCGAGAAGGUCCUCAAGACAUAUGAUCAUAUCUUUGCUAGCAGACCUCAUAAUGAGGCAGCUUAUUAUUUGGCAUAUGGACAGAGGAAUAUGAUAGCCGCAAAGUAUGGACCAUACUGGCGCAACAUGCGCAAAUUGUGCACUCAGCACCUUUUGAGUAACCAAAAGAUCAAUUCAUUUCAAUCCAUGAGAAGGCAACAAGUUGAGCUUAUGAUCAAAUCCCUUAAAAAUGAAGCUUGUGAUCAUCGCGUUGUUGUUGAUCUUAGUGCAAAGAUUUUGUCUUUGAGUGCUGACUUGACUUGCUUGAUGGUGUUUGGAAAGAAGUACAUGGAUGAAGAUUUGGACAAGAGGGGAUUCAAAGCUCUUGUUAACGAGGUUGAGCAUUUAGCAGCAACACCAAAUCUUGGAGAUUUUUUCCCCUUCCUUGGUGUAAUUGAUCUCCAGGGACUCACUCGCCGGCUUAAGGAUCUUUCAAAGGUGUUUGAUGAGUUUCUUGAGAAGAUUAUCGAUGAACAUGUCCAGUCUCGUGACCAGAAGCAAUCCAAAGACUUUGUUGACACCCUGUUGGACAUUAUGCAAUCACAAGAAGCAGAAUUUCAGUUUGACCGUAGACAUAUAAAAGCUAUCCUCUUCGAUAUGUUAAUUGCAGCAAUGGGCACUUCAGCAGCAGCUAUAGAAUGGAUACUAACGGAGCUUCUUCGACAUCCUCAUGUGAUGAAGAAACUCCAAAAAGAGUUGGAACAAGUGGUAGGCCUUGAAAGAAUGGUAAAAGAAUCAGACUUGGAGAAGUUGAACUACUUAGACAUGGUUGUAAAAGAGGGCAUGAGGCUGCAUUGUGUAGUUCCACUAAUGCCUCACGAGGCCAUGGAAGAUUGUGUAGUCAAUAGCUUCCACAUACAAAAAGGAUCCCGGAUCAUGAUUAACUUUUAUACUGUUCAAAGGGAUCCAAAUAUUUGGCCUGAGCCUGAAAAGUUUUUACCCGAGAGGUUUGUUGAGAGCAGUAUAGAUGUUCGUGGACAUGACUUCCAACUUUUACCAUUUGGCUCUGGCAGAAGAAGUUGCCCUGCAAUGCAGUUGGGGAUCAUCAUUGUCCAACUUAUAGUAGCACAACUGGUGCAUUGCUUUGAUUGGGAGCUUCCAAAUGGUAUGCAGCCUUGUGAUUUGGAUGUUGAGGAGCAAUUUGGGUUAGCAACAAGCAGAGAAAAUCCUUUAAUGGCUAUUCCUACUUAUAGACUAAAUAAUGCUUAA